AUGAAUAAUAAUAAUCGGAAAACCUAGUCCUCAAAGGAUGUAAGAAAUAAAGGCAAUUCUGGAUUGAAUCGUAAGAAUGAUAUUCCUUAAAAAAGAAUAUAAUCUGCAAUUUAAUCAGUUGAUAAAUCGGUCGACCCAAGUGGAAAUCUAGUAGAACAACUUAACAAUAUAGUUUAGGAUUAUUUAUUAAGAUCUAAUUGCAUUAAGACUUUGGAACAAUUCAAAAUUGAAUCAUAAUUUGCAACUGAACAAAGUAAUGAAACCGAGCAUAUUAUUUUGGGGCAUUUUGAUAAAGGAGAAAGAGAUAAGUUUCUUGAAUCAUGGAGUCGCUACAUUCCGAUUUCGCAGCGACAAGAACACGAUUCAUGGAAAUUAGAAUUCUAUAUAUAGAUCUAUUUCUUUAUCUAUCCUAUUCAUCCAGUUUUCAAAAAGAAAGGCCAAAUAAAUAAAUACUCAAUCAAUCAACUCAAAAAUUAUCUAGACAACAAAGGAGCAGACUUAUCGAAAACAAACGAAGUUCUUCCCUUCUAUGCAUUACCUUAUGUGAAAAACCCAGAAACUCAUUAAUCCUUCUAGCAUCUAUUUACUCAUGAAUGGAUAUCUAAUCUAAGAAUUAAAUUAAAGGAAUUCAUCCAAUCCAUCUAUGGAUCUGAUCAAUAUGGUUGUAUUUUAAAAAGAUUGGUUCUGUCUAAAGAAGGAUCUGUAAAUUAUCAACAAAAAGAUGAUCAAAAUAGAAUUAUAGAAAUAAAGUAAUUGCAAUAAGAAAAUAUGGAACUCAAAAAGAAGAACAACCAACAGAUUUAAGCUUUGCAAGAGUUGAAUCAUCUAGCAUAGUAAAAUUUGAUUGAAGUCUAACAAAAAUGGUUUUAGUUGUCAGGAGAAUUGUUGAAAACACAGAAAGAAAUGAUGAAAUACAUAGAGAACAACAGCAAGAUACCAGAAUAGAUAUAACAAUUCAAAUAAAAUAUUGCAAUUUUUGAUAAAUUCCUAGGUUAGAAUUUUGAGGAAUAAGUGGAUAGAUUAGAAGACAUUUCUCCGUUUAAUAACAAUAAUUAACCGGAUCAUGAUUUAUCUGAAAUUACAAAUUAGCAAUGUAUACUGUGGUUAUAACACUAUUUAUAGAAAUGA